UUAAAGAGCAGAGUUGACAAAUAUUAUUUAAUAUAUAGUUCUGAUUCUGCUUGUCUUAUAUAUGCAUUCUUGGGGUUUGUUGUUCCUCAGGGAGCAGAUGGUGGAUCGAAGGGUAAAGAAAGGAAAUGAGUACUGAGCUUGCUGGAUUCUUUUUGGUAAAGCAGUUUCUUUUGAUAUGAGUAAAAUCAAGAAUUCAUAUGAUUGGAUGAAUAGUGUUGAUUGGUGUGGAUUGAUGUGAAUGAAAGAAAACCAGUUAGAUUGGUGGUGUCUCUGUUGAUGAAUCGUUGUGUUUCAACAUGCAGAAUUUAAGUGUUUAAAUGCAAGUUUUUCUUAAUGGCUGGCCUCUCAACUCAGCAGCUGGAGAUAGUGAAGCAGAAGCAGAGGUCAGGGAUAUAAGUAAUAUAUAUGUUAUACAUGCUUGAAGAUAAAGGGAAUGAUAUACAAUAUCAGUAGCUUGUAAUUAAGAAAGAUGCCAAUGAUAAAAAUCACAAGGGAAAUGUGAUCUACCGAGCAAGACAGUUAGCAUUUAAGCAGAAGAAAAGCUUGCUGAUUUUGAUUGCCAAAGCUUUUACUGAAUGGAAUGCUUGAUAAAUCUCUUGUGACCAACAACAACAAAGAGUAUAUCAAAGCCAAGGAAUAUCAGCUUUUAAAUAUGGACAUUGCUUUUGUGGGAGAAGGUGGCCUUAAGAAAUUUUUUGAUGGGAGGGAAAUUGAAAGCCAGCUCGAUGAAGUGUUUACCCCUGUUGACGAUGACGGCCACCCUCAGCGCACAGGCAAUGUUUGGACUGCAUCAUGUCACGUGAUAACGGCCGUAAUUGGAUCUGGAGUUCUGUCAUUGGCAUGGAGUAUGGCUCAGCUGGGGUGGAUUGCAGGGCCCCUUGUUCUGUCAGGAUUCUCCAUUGUAACAUAUUACACAUCAGUCUUGCUUGCAGAUUGUUACCGUUCACCUGAUCCUACAACUGGAGCCAGGAAUUACACCUAUAUGGAUGCAGUCAGAGCCAUUCUAGGUGGAAGAAAGGUCUUUUUAUGCGGCCUUGUACAGUAUAUGAAUCUUGUGGGAACAGCUAUUGGAUACACUAUCACUGCUUCUAUCAGCAUGGUGGCUAUUGGGCGAUCAAACUGCUUUCAUGAGAAAGGAAGAGACUCUUCUUGCUAUAUUUCAAAUAAUUUGUACAUGGCAAUUUUUGGAGCAACACAAGUGGUGCUUUCACAGAUUCCAAAUUUCAGCAAACUUUGGUGGUUGUCCAUUGUUGCAGCCGUAAUGUCACUUUCCUAUUCAUUCAUUGGAUUGGGUCUUGGAAUUGGCAUGGCCACAGAAAAAAGCCAUUCUCAUGGAACCUUAGAAGGAGUGGGAAUUGGAGUUGUAUUCAAGUCAAAGACUGAUACAUGGAAUAUCUUUCAAGCUCUUGGAAAUAUUGCAUUUGCUUAUUCUUUUUCAAUGAUUUUGAUUGAAAUACAGGACACAGUAAAGUCUCCUCCAGCAGAGAAUAAAACCAUGAGGAAGGCAUCUACAAUUGGUGUUACAGUGACCACUCUUUUCUACAUGUCCGUGGGAUGUGCUGGAUAUGCAGCAUUUGGUAAACAUGCACCCGGAAACCUUUUAACAGGCUUCGGAUUCUACAAUCCAUUCUGGCUGGUUGACAUAGCCAACAUUUGUAUUGUAAUCCACUUGGUGGGAGCUUAUCAGGUCUUCUGCCAGCCUCUAUAUGCAUUUGUUGAGGCAUGGAGCUCCAACACAUGGACCAAGAGCUGUUUCAUCCAAAAUGAAUACCAACUUGACAUCCCUGUCAUGGGACAGUUGAAGCUCAACCUGUUCAGGUUGGUGUGGAGGACCUGCUUUGUGGUUUUCACAACAGUGGUAUCCAUGAUUCUUCCCUUCUUCAAUGCCAUCAUGGGUGUGUUGGGAGCAGUGGCCUUCUUCCCACUCACUGUCUAUUUCCCAGUACAAAUGCAUAUAGCUCAGAAAAAAAUCAACCAAUGGACACUAAAGUGGUGUUUCCUGCAGUUGCUUAAUGUAUUAUGCUUCGCUGUCACAAUGGCGGCACUUGUGGGAUCCUUAGCUGGUGUGGUGAAUAUUCUUCAUCACUACACUCCAUUUAAGACCAACUACUAACUGAAGCCCACACUUGCUUCUCUUUCAAUCUCAUAAAGAAGAACAGAACUGUAGUAUAUGUAUUUUCUCAAACCCUUCUACAACUAGAGGGUGAGUUUCUAAUUAAUGCUGCAACAAUUUUACUUCUCCAAACUGAUGAAGAAGAAUAGAACUCUGCAGGACAUUGUCUUCUAUCAAACCUCCUUCAAAGAAGAUUAUAUUAAUGCUCCAUCGAGGAAAUUUUUCAUCGGUGCCUCUUGUAUAACUUCCAUUUCUGUUAGGAGGGUGUAUCUUAUUAGUUUUUUAAAGUGUAUGAUUACCCAAAAAAAAAAAAAUGUAAGCAUAGCAAGAAGUUUAAUCCGCUAAAAUAAACAUCUAGCUUUGACAUGUAAAUAGUUGUCGAAUUUGAAAUUAAAGAUAGAGUUUUUGUUAACA